UUGAAACCUGCCCAGCACAGCAGGGAGAUGCUUAUCUGCAGGGACGCCCUGAGCCAGUGCGGCCGGAGAGCAGGGCAGUGAUGUGGGAUGGGAUGGAGGUUGUGACUGGCAGCAGUUCUCCUCAGUCCCGACCCACAGCCCCUGCUUGCCCAGCACUGGCUACCCUCUCUGUCUCAGCUCUGCCGGUGCCCCUCUCUCCUGACCCACAGCACAUGCUAGCCCAGCAUUAUAGUCAGAGUCUUUCUAAAGUGGGUCCCCGAGUGGCUGGGAGUCCAGCUCCCUGCUACCAUCAGCACGGGGGUGAAUCCAGGACCCCCUAUGGUCUAUGGGGAGUUGGGAGCACUUUGUAGACAGCUCGUUUAUAAACUCUGCCAAUGACCCCUAGCUGGCAAUAUGGGGCAGCUUGUAGGUCGGAGCCCAGGCUGAGUGUAGGGAUGUCACAAGCUGUGGGGUGCGGGUGCUGGGGGUGGAACACAAGGGGCUGGGAGCUGAUAGUGACUCUUUCCCCAUCACCCAGCUUCCGGUUCCAGACCAAUAUAAGGGGCUGGGAUGGCUGGAGCUGUCGGAGCUCACUGAGGACCCACAGCCAUCACAGAGCCCCCCCAGAUCUGCCCGAGAUGAAGCUGGUCCUGGUCCUGGCACUUGCCCUCCUGGGGGCCGUCUCUGCUCACCAGCUCCCCUCAGAUAAGGGCACCCCGGAGCAGGAGGUACCAGCCGAACAGGGCGAGGAGGAGCCUGGGGAGCCAGAGCCACCGUGCCCCAUGGAGAGCGAGAGCUUCAGGAUGAUAGUGCCUGGCCAGGGGGGCCACACCUGUCGCUAUGUGUUUGUGAACAAUUGCCAGCCAUUUUGGACAGCCCAGAAACUAUGUGCCCACUGCUACCACGGCCGCCUGGCCUCCAUCCACAACUAUGCAACCAACCAGCGCCUGAGCUGCAUGGCGCAUGCUCACACCAACCAGGGCCAGGUGUGGAUUGGCGGCUACACCUCCCGCUGGUUCUUGCAUGUGCACCCCCGCUGGGUCGACCACAGUUCCUGGAACUACUCCAACUGGGCCAGAGGGAACCCUUGGCGGUUUUGGAAAUCGUGUGUCGCCAUGUGCACUGUAGGUGGUCAAUGGAGAAGCGUCAGCUGCGGGACUCGCCUGCCCUUUAUUUGCGAGUACUGAGGAGGCUGCUUUCUAAAUGGGGUCCCAUUGCCCCCACUGCUCUCCUGGCCUGGGACCCCCACUCUGCCCUGCCGGAGGUGCCCCAGCUUCCUGGACUCGGCUCUGCUCCCAGCCUUGCCCCAGCUCCCCGGGGGGGAAGCCUCCACCCCUCGCUUAUUGCCUGUGACUCCCUGCAAUAAAACAGUGCUAGACUCAUC